CUUCCAUCCACCACAGCCACCAUGUCGGAGGUGCGGCGAGUGAAGCUGCGUGGGCGGCGAGGGAGCGUGUGGACGCUGCCCGUGGCCACGGCCAAGCGGCAGUAUGGCGGGCGCGGGCUUGCGCGGGCGUCGCUGUGGAUCCCGCUGCCAUCCGAGGCGGGCGGGCAGCACUUCACCGCGGCAUCCUGGCUGAGCAGGUUCAAGGAGGCGUAUGAGGAGCACGUGGAAGGGUUUCAUGGCCGCGCCUUCUCUGCAAGCGUGCGGCGGCAGCGGCAGGCCAACAUGGACUGGAAGGUGCUGCAGCAUGCAAAGUGGACAGGCAUGAUCCCCGGCCAGCAAGCGGACGAGGCGGGGGCAGAUCGCAGCAUGUCAGGCAGCGUUGACCGCGAGGGCGGCAGUGAUCGCGCACAUGAUUAUGAUCCGCACACCCAGCAGCAUGGAAAGCCGCGCAGCAGGAGGCGACGUCACAAGGACCAGGGCACACACAGUUCAACAGCACCCAGUGACGGCAACAACACUGCUGCUGCCGUUGCUGGUGGUGGCUCUGAUCCUUACACGAACAAGAAGAUGCACUCUCUCAUGCAACAGACCAUGUCUCAAGUCUCCAACAAGCGGCUCACUGCUACACGCCUUGUUCACACCCUAACUCGCUUUGCAACAUCAUGCAGAAACUGUUGGAGCUGGAGGCGCUGAGGCUCGAGUCCAUUGGCAAGGCUGCAUCGGGCCAAGGGAUGCGCGUCGCCACCGCACGGUUACAACAGCAACAACAACAGCAGCAGCAGCGGCAGCAGGCGAACAAGAGGGCGCAGAAGAGACUGAAGAACAACAAGACAGGCAGCAGAGGCGGUAACAAGAAGGGCGGCGCAGCCACCCAGGCGCUGCAACACCAAAAACAGCAGCAGAGCCACAAGCAGAAGCAGGGUGGGAAGAAGAAGAAGAAGAAAGGCAGGCUACUGGUUCGACCACGAUUGUGACCUGGGUCGAUGCUAGCGAUAGCAACAGUGUGGUGCAUUGUGUGUGUGUGUGUGUGUGUGU